GAUGAUAGUUGUGUAAUCAUAAAACAUUCCACAAUUUUCAUUUUGAAAUCAUGAUCAAAAUGUAAAAAUAUAUUCCUGUUUGAGAUUCCUGUAGUCACGACUAGAUUACGGUUAUGCAGAACCAGUAAGCAUGACUUCAUUGUUGCCUAAAUUCUGAAGUAAAUAAUUUUCUCAAUAAUGCGAAAUAACCUUAUAAUUUAAAAUGUUAGCGCAAAAUAAGAGAAGAUUAUUUUGUGAAGUUUUUCGUUCAUUCUAUACAUCAUCUCGAAUUUGUGCUAGUCAUUAUGACGUGCUUGGAGUAACACCGAAAGCCACACAGAAUGAUAUAAAGUCAGCUUACUAUAAAUUAUCGAAACUAUAUCAUCCAGAUAAAUCAAAGGAUGAAGAAUCUGCAAGAAAUUUUAGAGCAAUUACAGAAGCAUAUGAAAUUUUAGGCAAUAUUAAACUGAAAAAAAUGUAUGAUAAAGGUCUACUUGUUGGUAAAGUGACAACCACUCGAACAGAUUUUAAACCUGAUGAAGAGCCAACAGACCCAUCAUUAAAAUUCUAUAAGUCACGAAGAGUCCGAAAUGUAGUACCCACUAUGGAUGGAAAAACACCUAUAUAUGACUUUGACACAUGGUCUCAGCAGCACUAUGGCAGCCUUUUGAAGAAGAAUCAAGAUCAAAAAGAGCAUGUCAGAAAGCAAAAGGAGAAGCAUAUUUCUAUUGCACAUGCAGCCAAUCAAGAACUUGCCCUCUAUUCAAUGUUUGCCAUUGGUGCACUCAUUGUGGCUUUAAUAGUUUAUGGUACAACUGAUUAUGAUAUAGAUCAAAUAGAAAAAAAUAAUAGUGCAACAAAACAGAAUAGUGGACAUUUAGAAAAAGCUAAAAGUAAUAGUUAAUAUUUUUGCUUUUUACAACAUAGUUAAACCUCAAAUUAAAAAUUGUUGUUACAGACAGA